GGCCUCCACUUCGCUCCCGAGCAGGGCCGCGGCGGGCCGUUGGGCGCUUGGCUGGCUGCGGGGCCCCCGGUAGGAGAGAGAGCGAGAGCGGCGCCAUGGAGAUGAAGAAGCGGCUGACGCUGGAGCUGCGCAACAAGAAGCCCGCCGAGGUGAAGGAGCUGGUGCUGGACAACUGCUGCUCGGAAGAUGGCAAGAUCAGCGGGCUCUCCCCAGACUUCGAAAACCUGGAAUUACUGAGCAUGAUCAACGUCCGCCUUCUCUCCAUCUCUAACCUGCCCAAGCUUAGCAAACUCCGGAAGCUGGAACUGAGCGACAAUCGUAUUUCGGGCGGUCUGGAAGUCCUCGCAGAAAAAACGCCAAAUUUGACGCAGUUGAACCUCAGCGGGAAUAAAAUCAAAGAGAUCAGCACGUUGGACCCUCUGAAAAAGCUGCCCCACCUGCGGAACCUCGACCUCUUCAACUGCGAAGUGACGACGCUAAACAACUACCGCGAGAGCAUCUUCACCCUCCUGCCUCAGCUGAUUUAUCUUGAUGGGUUCGACUCCAGCGACAAAGAAGCCCCUGAUUCGGACCCAGAAGCCGACGGGCUGGACGAUGAGUACGAUGAGAAUGGAGACGAAGAUGAGGAAGAGGAGGAAGAGGAGGAAGACGAAUUAGAUGACGAAGAGGACUUAGACGGCGAAGACGAGGAGAACGGGGGAGAUGACGAGGACGAAGAUGAUGAAGAUGAUGUAGAUGAAGACGAGGAUGAGGAUGAAGAAGCCGAGGUCCAGCAGGGCGAGAAGCGGAAACGAGACCCCGAGGAAGACCCGGACGACGACGAGGAUGAAGAAAACGACGACUGAGGAGUCCCUUCCUCCUCCUCGGCUCCUUUGCAGGCCGAUCCGUGUUUUUUUUUGGCGGACUGUGUGACUUUCCCGGCCUCUCACCGUUCCCCCCCCACACACACCUUUGUGAGAACUGUGACGAAUCCCCUUCCCCCUCUCCUGCCGCCCCCCCUCCUCCUCCGCUCUUUUGUACGGCUGCAAACACCCACAGUAUAUAUUUUUUUAAAAGAUGUAGAAAAGGAUAGGUGUUUCAGGAGAAGUUGGAAUUUUCGUUUUGUUUUGGGGGGUUAGCUUUCUCUUGCCUCUCUUGCCAGCGCCCCCCCCUCCCCAUGUGCUAUGACACCCCCACCCCCCACCCCCAGAUAUGAGGUAUUUGCGACCAAAGGCUUAGCGAUGCAAGGGUUAGAUUUACUCAACCUGCAAGCAAUUUGGCUUUCCCCACCGCCCUGAACCCGGAUGCGUUUGGACACUCCUGGCGAUUUCUGGCAAGGGGUGGAGUCAAGUCUGCUAUGGCCCCUCCCACUCUGCCCCGGAGUCUGAAGAUGCACCCUUCUGGAAACAAGGCCGAGCGAGGUGCAUGGUGCAGCUGUGGCCCUCGGCGUGAGUUCCAGAUGCGGGACCGUCCUCUCUCUGUAAGGCACGGGCUCUGCGGCGGUGUUGCCGAAGUGUUUUACGCGUGGAUUGUGGGUCGCUUGCCGUGAUGUUUUGUUUUUAAUUCGGUUGUCUGCUUCUGCGAUUUAUUCCUUGCUGAUCUGUGCCCCACUCACCCGCCCACCGCCACCACGAGCCCAGAGGGAGGAGUUCAGCUGUGCCCCCCUGCCCCCCAAAAUGGGCAUGCUCCAGACAAAUGUGGGGCACGAGUCCACCCGUGGCCAGCCCCACAACAGGAAGCUGGCAAAGGUGGGGAGGGGGGGAAGCCUUUGCAUCAACAUAGUUGCAAAAAAAAAAUGCAUACUUUUAAAAAAACAGAAUUCUGCAGUUUGUAAAGCCCUGCUUUUAAAAAAAAAUUGUAAUUUUAGUUUUUAUGGCUAGGAAAAAACACUUUGGGCACAAACCUCCCACGUCCAGAGCUGCGGUUCAACGCUCCCUCGCUUCCCCCCCACCUUCCUGGCCGAUGAUGGUUGGGAUUUUUUUAGCCCCUAGUUUUAAAAAAAACCAAAACAUUUUCAGCACAGAUUUGGCAAAAUAAAAAAAAAAGAAACCUAACCCAUUAAUCAUAUCUCCCACCCAACCCACCCACCCCUUUGGAAUUUUGGGCCCUCUUUUAUAUAUCUCCUUUUUGUUAAUGGAAUUUGGAUAAGACUUUUAAUAAAAGACUUGGUUUUUAAAAAGGAA